CAAGCAAACACGUGACUUUCUGCGGGGAGCCUUUGGAUUUUGAACGCAUCAGCAACGCCCACGACGACCACGACAUGUCGACAGGAACAUCAACGCCUUCUAGCUCGAAGACGCCCACUUCGACAAGCGAUACUGAUAUAGAGCAGCUGCUCUCUCGGGAGGCAUCUGCCUUCCAACGUGAGCUCGAGGUCGAGCGAAUUCUCAAGGCGUUCAAGCUCAACCCAUAUGAUAUUCUCGACAUAGACGAGUCUUCAAAGGCCGAGGGAAUCAAGCGCAGAUACCGACAGUUGUCUCUCUUCAUCCAUCCUGACAAGACCCCCCACGCUCGUGCUCCAGAUGCAUUCGACCUUCUCAAAAAGGCCGAAUCCGAGCUAUCUGACACUGCUAAGCGCGAAGCCCUCGACGCCACAAUCGCAGAGGCGCGUCUACAGCUCCUCCGCAGUCACGGCUUCUCUACGAGCACGCAGGACGAUGAUCCGAAACUUCGAGGGCUGGUCCCAUCCUUUAAGGUGCAGCUGCGAGCAAAGGUGAAGGACUUGUUAAUUGAGGAAGAGGUUAGACGCAGGAAAGCGAUCAAGAUGAACCUUGCAAAUGAGGGACUAGAAGCUCGGAAAAAGGAGGAAGAAGUUGCUACCAGGAAACGUAAAGCGGAGGAGGACAAAACAUGGGAAGAGUCGCGUGAAACCCGUGUUGAUUCAUGGCGGUCAUUCAAUAAUAGUUCGAAGAAGAAAAAGAAGACGAAGGCUCAGAUCCUUGGAUGAUUCCCUGAACCACCUACAUCUUGGACGCGCCCAAGGGAAACCUCAAUGCCCCGCCGUUGAACGUCGUUCACCCGCGUGCGGUCGAGCGCUUAGAUUAACCCCGUUCUCUCUUGUAACCCAUAGUUCCUGCCAAAUUGCAAUGUAAGAAAUCUAAUAUACCACAAGGACAUGCUUCCUGUACCUGACCGUCCUGACG